GCAGCCGCGGCGCUUGCCAAGUUGAAUAAGAUAGAACAUGAAAGGCGAAAUAACAGGAGCUGCCACGCCCGGGGCUGCGGGGAAUCUCGCUUAACCCUUUUCUGCCUGCACCUGGAGCCGGCUCUGCGCGGUGCCAGCUGGGCAGCCCUCUGUCAGUGGGGCUGGGUGGUACUGCUAUGGGCUCACCGUCCUGGGGGGGGGCCGGGCUACCCUGGGUACAGCUUCAGGUUCCCUUUGAGGGCAUUCCCAGGUACGCGGGGGUACAUGCGUAAGGCCUCAAGGGCCCUUUGGGGGGCACUCCCAGGGAGAUGGGGCUGUGCGGUACGGCCUCAGGGACCCCUUUGGGGUACCCCAGGCAGAUGGGCUGCUGGGGGUAAGGCCUCAGGUACCCUUUGGUGGCACUCCCGGGGAGAUGGGGGUGUGUGGGUAAGGCCUCAGGUUCCCUCUGCACAGUGCUCUGCUGAGGGAGGUGGAGGCCUCGGACCCAGCCGCACUUCUGUUGUGGUGGUGCCCCUGAGUAGGCCCUACUGCACUGCACACCACAGUCCUUCCAGCAUGGAUCCAAAGCGUGUCAAGGUCCUGCCAAGCCCGAACCCGCUGUCCCAGGGCGGUGCUGGGCUGCGGUGUGCCUGGUCCCAGGCUGGGGCUGGCAGCCACGGUCCCCUGCAAUGGACUGAGCCUGCUCCCAGGCCUGCUCCCAGCGCCAGGCCCGAGCUGGUCCGACAGGCUCAGGGCAGACGGAAGGGAGAGGCUGCCUGCGGCUCAGGAAUGUGCAGCCCUUAUCUCUGGCUCCCCUGCAAUCCUGGGGAGGGAAUAACUCUCCGGAGUUUGCCUUUCUCUCGCUCUUACUCACCCUCUGCCCUGGGUGGAGCUUGAUUCUACAGGCUCGGAGGUGCCCGUGAAUCAGGCUGCAGGCACGUCCAGGGGAGCGCAGAGCCAGCUGAGAGCACGACCCACCACCUGCCCGGCACACCUGGGAAGUUUCAGAUUAAGGACAUGGCCGCCCACAAAAGCGCUGUAUACUGAGGUGUGUCAUCAGAGAGCAGCUCUUUCAUAGCAGCUGCCUGUACGUGUAUACCCUUACUGUGUUCUCAGAUUGGUGCAUCUGUCUUCAAAGAGAUUAUCACCACCUGAAGGAAGCGAGGAGCUGAAUGACAGAGCCUUGCCGGGCGGACACGGGAAUGGCGCGCUCAGCCAGCGGCAGGUGCUCUCGAAGCAGGGUUUGAUGGUGCUUCCUCAGCACUACCUUCUAAGAAGGAGCUGGCUGAAGGAGGACACAGCAUCUCCCUCCCCACUUCUCACCCUGUGAGCCAAAGAGGGUGACGGUGCAGAUUUUCCGGCCUCGUCACUCGGUGGCAGGACCGGUGACGCUCCAGAGUUUGGUGUGAUCCGGUUCAGGUGUUUGCUGCGGCCCUCUGGCUCUGUUUUCACAGCUCUCCCUCCCCUCAUGGCUCGCCGAUCUCAAAGCUCCUCACAGGGGGACAAUCCACUUGACCCUAACUACCUUCCCCCCCAUUAUAAGGAGUAUUACCGCUUGGCUCUGGAUAUUCUUACUGAAGAGGGCAAAGAAAGUUAUGAACGCUUCCUGGCGGAGGAGGCAGCCCCCGAUUUUCUUUGCAGCUCAGAGGUGGAUCACAUCAUACAGAAUCUCCAGAAACCCCAGUAUGCCCAUCAGGAAGGUGGCACAGACACGACAGGUGACAAUGACAUGGAUGGAUCCUCUGGGACAUACUGGCCCAUGAACUCAGACCUUGCUGUUCCUGAGCUUGACCUAGGCUGGCCGAUGGUCUUUGGGUUCAGAGGAACAGAAGUAACAACCCUCGUGCAACCACCGCCCCCAGACAACCCCAGCAUUAAGGAAGAGGCUCGCAGAAUGAUUCGAGCUGCUCAGCAGGUGGUAGCCAUAGUCAUGGACAUUUUCACUGAUGUGGAUCUGCUGUUUGAGGUGUUGGAUGUUGCUGCUCGCAGAGUCCCUGUGUACAUCUUGCUCGAUGAAAUGAACUCUCAGCUUUUCCUUGAUACAGCUGCUAAAUGCAGAGUCAAUCUGAACUACGUGGAGUUCCUAAGGGUGAGAACAGUUUCUGGCCCAACCUACUACUGCCGCACAGGGAUGUCUUUCAAAGGACAUGUGAAAGAAAAAUUCCUCUUGGUGGACUGCAUGGUGGUGCUGAGUGGCAACUACAGUUUUAUGUGGUCUUUUGAGAAGAUUCAUAGAAGCAUCGCACACAUCUUCCAGGGAGAGCUGGUGGCCAGCUUCGAUGAAGAAUUCCGAAUUUUGUUUGCACAGUCAGAACCUCUUGUUCCUCCAGCCAAUGUCUUGGCAAAGGCAGAGAACCCAUUUGCCAUGACUCCCUUUGGCAAUAACAUGCCAUUCUUUCCUAAAAAAGCACCCCUCAUGUUCCAGAGGGACGACAACCUUUUUCCCUCCUUUAUGGACAGAGUUGAUCCAGACAGGUACUUCCUGUCCAAUUUCAGGCGAGAUGAUAUGUUACGCCAUACUGUGGAGGGGUCAGCCAUGCGAAUGUACAAAAAGGUAGAAAUGGAGAAUGCUCAGAUGGAUCCUGUCAGGGGUUUUCUCCGUUCCAAGCAGUUAGAGUUGGAUGCUUUUAAGAGACACAGUUUUGCAGAAGGAACAUUUGAAAAUUUUGCUUCUUCUAAACAGUAUGCCAGGCAGAUGUUCAUGAACAAUAUGGAUGAAUUUAAAAUCCAGUCUAGUCAUUUUCAGAAGGAUCAGUUCUACCAGUACCAGUUUGAACACCCCCACCUUCCUGGCAGACCCCAGGGAUUCUUUGACAGACUACGAGGUGGUAGGCCAGGAUUCAAUGAAUUGGAAGAGGGAGGACCUCUUCCCUAUGGAGAGGGACCCAGAUACCCUGAACUUGAAUCCAGUUUUCCACAGGAGGGUUUCCCUUUAAGGCUGGAUUAUGUACCUUCGAAUUCUUCCAGGGAGGUGAGACAUGGCUCCGAUCAGCUGAACCCUGCAGGCAAUGGCCCAAUGGGAAUGAUGCUAAGAAGACAGAAUAUAGGACAGAAAUUUAUUUGCCAGACUUCUCCCACACAGAAACAAAGCCUGGAACAGCGCCUGUUCUUACAAGACAAAGAUGAGGACCAAGAUCAGGACAAGAGCACUCAGGAAAAUAGAACAGGUUUACGCAACUGGCGGAUUUCUUCAUACCUUAGUGCAUACCAGUCAGAACCAGAAGAAGGUCUCCCAAUGCCUAUGGAAUCAGAAGCAUAUAAUGAUGUUCUUGGGGAUGCCCUCACAAAGCAUCCCACUGACCUCAUCCCAGCAUUCAAAUCCCCUAUGUCUUUUAAUAGCAAGUCACUGGCUGUUGAAAAUGCCAAAGAAUUUGCAGAUCCUGAAAGAGCAGGUGAAGAAACACCUAUGAUGAAACAAGAUGCCUUUAGGUCCAGAAUAAAUCCUUUGAUCCAGAGGAGCUCAAGACUCAGGUCCUCUCUGAUUUUUAAUGCUGCCAAGUUAGAUCAGCCUAACACGACAAUAGAAAAGGUUCAGAUGAUCCAUAAAGAACAAGUGUCCAAUGAACUGACAAAAGACAAUGAAACUAUAAAGACAGCCACCUCAUCUAAAGUGGCAGAACUUUUGGAGAAAUACAAAGCUGUGGGCAAAGACACCGAGCGAGCUACAGUCACUCACACCAAAGCUGUUUCUAGUUUUCUCCAGGAAGAAUCACAGAACACAGAGAAGAAAUGUACCAAAUCCGUGCAAUAUAAGAUUCUGGAGAGUAGAGUACUGGAGUCCAAAGACUCCUGCAGCACGUACAAAAUGCACGGAGAGACUGACAGACCAUUUGGAAUGGCUUCAUCAGCCCCCCAGCUCCUCGAUACGUUGAGUAAAGAUCCCCUAGCACAUCUUGGCGCUAAAGUGGACAAAUUAUCAUCUCGGUUUUACCCCAUAGAGAAUAAACCUGCUCUUCCAGAAAAGGAGAGUCUUAUAUUUGUAGGAGAUACUCAGAAACUGACUCUUCCAGAAAAGAAGGAAAGAGUGACAUUCAAGGAAGACGCUGAAAAAUUAGUCAGUACAGAACUGAAGAAAUCACAGGUUAGGACAAGUACCACAUCAGUUAUUGAAAACCUAUCUAAAGGUCAAGGAUCUGACAGCUCCCUCAAUAAAUCUGAGGAAGACUGUUCAAAACAGGAACAAAAUCCAAUAGAAUUUUUAAGAAAAGGAUCCCUACGGUUAAAGCAGUUUUUGAACCCGAAAGGUGAAAAGAAAUUGGAGGAGGAACCCAAUUCUGAGAUUGGAAAAUCUGACAAACAGCCCAUGGGUCUCAAAAGAGCUUCCAUAGGUGACUGUCAGGAAAUGGUGGAGGAAGAAAAAAACCAUAAAUUUGCAACACCACUUCCCCCCAAAAGCAGCCAGCCAACACAAGGGAGAUUUCCUUCAUCCACAGCUAACAUUCUCUACAGCAGCAACCUCCGUGAUGACACCAAGGUGAUUUUGGAACAAAUCUCUGCAAAUAGUCAGAAGAACAGAGCUGAACUGGCCAAGCAACUACCAUCCACUAGUAAUCCCGAUCUUUCUAAGUCAACUACAAGCUUGGAAAGGAAAGCUGAGAAGGAGAAAAGCUGUAACAUCCACAGAUCAGAGAGCUUUGGGAGCCAGAAACGAAAUCUUCAGCGGCAACCAUCAGAGGAUAGAGAUACCCUUUUGAAAAAAAUGGAGAAUAUGCGGAAGGAAAAGAGAGUGUACAGUAGAUUUGAGGUCUUCUGCAAAAAGGAUGAGCACACAAGUCAGAGUGAAGAGGAGUACGACACAGAUGCCAAAGACAAGAAGAUGGGAAAAUUCAUGCCCAAAAUCCUGGGGACCUUCAAGACCAAAAAAUGAUCAUAGCAAUACUAUUUAUGAUUGACUGUCAAAGGCAAAUGAGGAAGUAACACAUUUAUGAUGGCUGUAAGCUCUUCGGGGUUAGCAGGUGGGAUAUGUUCAGCAUUAGACCCCCAUGGCACAAUUUGCCCAGUAGAGGCACGUGGUAACAGGCAACGUUAUUACAGUAUAUUUAAAAUAAAAUUAUUAAAUUGCCAAGAUGCUUAAAAUACAGAAAUAACGAUGUCUCUUUAUAUUAUGGUCAGGGAGUCUUUUCAGUAGUUAAAAAAAAAAUAAUUCCACUUUCAGAAAGGGAAGAAACAAAAAAUAGAAAAAAUCAGUGCUUGAAUUCAAUCAAGGAAAGAAAAGACUAUCUAUAUUUUAAAAAACAGUUGUUUUUCAGGUACAGAUACUGUUCCUUUGUAUCUAAUGACUCAGCUAAUAUGGGAGUUUUACCUUUUUGAAGAAUUACAGGAGAAAAAUAUAUAUAAGUAACUUUUUUUCCCUUCGGUAUGGCUGUGGUCUGGUCUAGCAGAAAAUGCCCAGUUUUCAUAUUUACUGUUUUAAAAGCCUAUUGGUUAAGUGUUAUUAUUGGUUUGUUUUCUUCUGUAUAAUGGAGCUAUUGCAUUGGAGAUUGAGCUGAGAAUAGCAGCUGGAAGGCCAUAAAAGAAGAAAGUGGCCAUUUAUUCAUGGAGAAAGAGAUGUUUUUAGAACUGCUUUUCAGCUGAGUCGAGCAUUUAAGCCAUUACAGUUAAGCAGAAAUUUAUGUAAUCCCAAUUCAUUAGUGGAGAAUUUCUAUGAAAUUCCAUGAAAUUCAUGAAAAGAGGAGGGGGAGGGCUGUUAGCGCAUCUUCCCAGUUUGGUUCAAGAUCAGAAGUGCUUUGUCUCAACAGGCUUCCUUACAGGAGUUUCAUAUCAAGCUGAAUACUAAUGCAGUACUAAACACAGUCUGGAUUAA